AUGUCUGUCCUCAUUGAAUCUAAUAAUGAAAGGGAAGAAGAGUCUAAUGCUACAUCAACUUUGCAAUCCCAAGAUAAUAUUGCACAAAAGUCCAGUGAUUUUAUUUUAGAAAAUACAGUCUCGUUUAAUAUUGAAGCCAAUAUUGAUAAGUCUACUGAUAGUUUUGAUGCACUUACAAUAAUAAGUAAAACUGAUAACACUGAUAAAAAAAAAGAAAUAGACGCUAAUAAGGUACAUAAAGUAUGUGACGAAUUCCUUACAGUGGCGACUGAAACGCAAAGAAAAAAAUCCGUAAACGAAAACAUAAAUGACAGUAAAGAUAUUAUAAAAGCUGCACCAAGACGUGGAAGAAGGAAAUUAGUAGUACAAGAUGAACCAGAACCGAAAGAAAUUUUACAAAAGAAAAUUACAAAAAUAAUAAAACCAAUUUCGAAACUUAAUGAAUUUGUUCAUAACAAUAAAGAAACAGUAAACAAUCAAGAAGAUAUUCCAGAAGAAAAUAAGAAUAAGACUGUAGGGAAAUCUCGAAGAGGAAGAAAACGAGCAAUAAAUUAUGCAGAACCUUAUAUAUCUCCAUCUAAAGAUAUUGAGGUCAGUCCAACUUCUAAAAAUAUUGAAAAACUAUCGGUAAAUAAAUUGAAAGAGGAUGAACUUGAGACUUCUCUAAAAAAUAUCGAAGUUAUGUAUAACGCGACAGCAAGCAAAACUGCGAAAGAAAAGUCAACCAUUUCUGCCACAAAGGGACGGAUUGAUAAAAACGCUGUGGAAGAAGAAAUUAAAGAACCAGAUCAAAUUUCUACAUCUCGACGUGGUACCAAAAGAAAACCAAUGAUAGUAACUAAUAUGGACGAUAUUCCAAGUUCAUCUCAACUUUUCGAAGAAAUUGCAGUUACUAAAAUGUUAAUUAAUGUUGAAAAUGACCAUGAUACGGUUAAUGCAGAAAUAUCUACACAUAGUAAUAAACGUGGAAAAAAGCAGGACAUUCAUAAGAAGAAACAAGAUGAAAUUGUAAUUUUUAAGGAACAGGAUAUUUCUCAAAUGCCGACAACAUCAAAACGAGGUAGGACGAAGAAAAAAGAUAUGGAGGAAAAAAUUAUUGCAGGAGAUGAGAAAAUGAAAACUGUUGAGAGUUUAACUGUUAACAAAAGACACAGCCAUGACAAACAGGAAGCAGAGAUUUCAAAAAGACCAAAAUUAUCUACAGGUGGAGAUAUAGAACUAGAAGAUAAAAUAAAUAUUACUAAUGAUACAACUUCUACUACUAAACGCGGGAGAAGGAAGGUUGUCUAUCAAAAAGAUUCCGGAAAUGUCAGUAUUCAUCAAGAUAAGACUGAUAUUUUCUUAAAUAUUGAAAGCAGCUCAACACAUUUACCAAGCAAACGUAAAAUUAUUGAAAUUGAAGAGCCUAUGGUAGCGACUAAAGAAGUGGAAAAUUCCUUAAAUACCAAUAAUCCCGCAAAACGAUCACAUAGAAAUAAAAAAGUAAUUGACAAAGAUAUGCCUGAAUCAGCACAGUCCGAAGGAGAUGUAUUAUCAAAAGUAGAUGCUAAAAAUGAAUUAAAAGAUAAAUCGGUGAAUUCAAAAGCAACGAAUACGAAUAUGGAAACAGUACUCAAAAAAGUUAACAAUCUUAAGGAGCAUAAUGCCGAAAUUGAAGAAGUUGAUAAACAACAACAAACAAGCUUGAAUGAUAUAGCAACAGCAAUAGCAACCAGUAAGGAUUCUAAUCUUAUUGUAAAGGAACACAUAAAAACUCGUAAUGGCCGAAAAGCCAUUUCUUCACAUAAUGAAGAAAGUAUUGCUAAAACAUCAAAAAAGUCAAAUAAACUAAAUACUUCAGAUAUUGACGAGCAAAGAAAGCGUAACGUACCCAGACGUGCGGCAACAGCUAAGAACUAUGAUGAAAGUUCAGACAUUGAAACAAAUAUAAAAAUAACUGACAGUGAAAAAACAAUAAAAACAGAAAUAGCUACUACUAGCAGAGGUAGAACUCGAAAACCAAUAGCACUUGUUCAAGAAUAUCUGGAAAAAGCACGUUCGAAAACUGACUCCCCUAAAAAAAUAGUACAACUAGAAGAAAAUCCUAUGAUAAAGAAUCAAAAUAAUGAAAGAGAAUUAAAAGCAACGGCAACAGUUGAUACAAUUAGUAACAAGCGGACUCGUAGUGCUAAAGCUGUAACAGACACAAAUGUUAAAGAAUCUGCUAAUGAGAGAGUGGAUCGACAAAAAAUGACAAGUUCGAUUUUACUCACAGGAGAAGUUAUAUCAACACAUACUGAAAAUGAAAGUCCAAUGCGUAAAAGAGGACGAAAACCAACUGCUUCAAAGACAAAUAUGAAAAAAAUGUCUACAGCUCCUACAGAAGCUAUAGUUGUAAAGGAAAUUCAAGAGAAAACAGAAGAAGCUAUUGAUAAACCAGAUCUUAAAAUAACUAAUAGAAAUGAGAAAGAUGACAAACAAAAAAUUAAAAGUUUAACUUUACCCACAGAAGACGUUAUAUCAACUCAUAUUGAAAAUGAGGGUCCCAUACGUAAAAGAGGACGAAAAGUAACUGCUGCGAAAACAAAGAUAGCGGAACCGUCUAUAACUCCAACAAAAUCUGAUGUUGUAGAAAAGAUUCACGAAAAAACGGAACAAGUUAUCAAUAAAAAAAAAUCUACACGAAGUAAAAAAGUCAGUUUUGAACUUGAAACUCAAGAAGCGGUAAAAGUUAAGCGCACAACAACGCGUACAAAAAAGAAAUAAAUUCAUUAAACAAAUUCUUGAAAGUUUUCAUAUUAUUCAUAAAUUGUUAUUUAUAUGUUUUUAAUCUACCAUUGUUUUUUAGACUAUAUAAGUUUAAACUAAAAAGCCCUUUUUUAAAUAAAAAUUCCAUUUUAUG